GAGUCAUAAAUUAGUUUUUCUCCCAUGGAGAUUUUCCACUUAUAUUUUAGUAGCGGAGCCAUGGUUGCUGACGUUUCUGCCGCUAAUUCCACAGGAAAGAUAAAAACAAACCGACGAACAUAUCUGCAUUGUAUAAUACCCAAAGCGCCAAACUUUGCAUAAACCACAUUUCAGCGAUUCGGUGAGUCAAUCUCUCCAUUUCCCAUCCCUUUAAUGGCGAUUGCUCCACCCUCUCUUCGUCCCCCUCCCAAAUUUCUGUUCCCGAAAUGCUCUUAUUUUUCUCAUGAGUUGCCGUUUCGUCCUUCUCCUUCUCUCUAUUUCUCUUCUCAACCCUUCCGCUUCACUGUUCGGGCGAACUCAGCAGUCGCUGUGGAGCCGGAUUUAAGAACUCAGCAAAAUCAAACAGUGGAAACGGAGUUGGUUUCUUGCCCUGUAUGCUAUGAGCCACUGAUAAGAAAAGGCCCUCCGGGUUUAAACUUGGAUGCCAUCUACCGGUCUGGAUUCAAGUGUAAAAAAUGCAACAAAUCAUACUCGAGUAAAGAUGUAUAUCUGGACUUGACUGUCACUGCUGGAUUGAGAAGCUACACUGAAGUCAAACCAGUUCGCACCGAGCUAUUCUGGAGUCCUUUGGUAUCGUUUCUCUAUGAAAGAGGCUGGCGUCAAAAUUUUAAUCGAAGUGGCUUUCCGGGGGCUGAUGAAGAGUUCAGAAUGGCUCAGGAGUACUUUAAACCUGCAGAAGGUGGCACUUUAGUGGAUGUUAGCUGUGGAAGUGGUUUGUUUUCCCGGAAAUUUUCCAAAUCAGGGACAUAUUCUAGUGUUAUUGCACUUGAUUUUUCUGAAAACAUGCUCCGGCAAUGUAAUGGUUUCAUUAAGCAAGAUGCGUCUAUUUCAGCUAGUAAUAUUGCUCUUGUCAGGGCUGAUGUUUCCAGGCUUCCGUUCUCAUCCAGUUCUAUUGACGCUGUACAUGCUGGUGCUGCCUUGCAUUGCUGGCCAUCUCCUUCCAAUGCCUUUGCUGAAAUUAGUUGUAUAUUGAGAAGUGGCGGAGUCUUUGUUGGGAGCACUUUUCUUCGUUAUACUUCUUCUACUCCCUGGAUAAUACGACCUUUCAGAGAGAGGGUUAUGCAAAGUUAUAACUUCCUCACAGAGGAGGAGAUGGAGGAAUUAUGCACAAAUUCUGGUCUUACCAACUAUUCAAAGAAGGUUCAGCAAUCUUUCAUUAUGUUUUCUGCUCGGAAGCCUUGAAGUUGGAUUUGGAUCAUUUGAAGCGUUUUGUUUAUGCAGCAUUUAUUAUGAUGAU